AUGGCUUCCAAAGAGCAAUUUGACCUGCUGGUCUUGACAGACGCCACGGCUUCCAUGAGCAGCUACCUCACAGCACUCAAUCAGUCACUUCCAGAGAUCAUUAGGAUAUCAGCCCUUACUGAUUGCUUUUCUCGAAUAGGUGUUAUGGCAUACCGUGACUACUCGACCAACAACCUGACAGAGUGGUCCGGUUGGUACGGUGGCGACGGCAAAGAAGCAAUCACACAGGCUCAACUUCUGUCCAUGUCAAAGAGCAUUCGAACUGACUCCGGAUAUAUGAACGUCGACUGGCCCGAAGCUGCAAAGACUGGCCUGGCGCAUGCAUACAGUGUCAUGCGGUCGGAGGCCACUACUAUUAUCCUCCUCUAUGCCGAUGCACCUCCUCAUACCGCUGGUACACGCUCCAAAAAUAGGGAGAAAGAGAUUCAGCAUCUUUCCAAGGCAAAAACAUUCAAUGGCGAGGGUAAACUGUUCACCGACUGGAUUUCCGGAGCCAAGGCGCUGCAGGGAGAGAAAAAGGCCAAGGUCUUCUCUGUCAUCCAAGGAGCCGUUGUCGAUACCGUUUCUCCAUUCCUGUACCUAUCCCAAGUGACAGGUGGUGUUUGCUUCAAACUAGACAUUGGAGACGCAGGAAUCAGUACAGCCGACGCUAUAUCUCAGUUGACAGCGGGAAUCCUCCUCACCUGGAUGGGUGUCAGAAAGCAAGGAAGUUCUUCCUCGGGACAACGUCGGCUGGCGCAGGUAUUGCAGUAUUUGGAUACAUCAACGAUACAGAACAUCGCGAACGAAGAAGACGAGAAAGCUGCGGGUCAAUACUUCCCUGCGAAAAACACGCUACUUGCAGAGCGAGCGGUGAAGCAGAACAUCACUAGUCUUUACCCUUGCCUUGAUGAGCUGCACACUGUAAUCGAUUCCAGAAAGGUCCCGCUUACCGACCUGUCCAAAAGGUACCUUACUGAUAAAGGCUAUCGGGAGUUUGUUGUCGAUCAGCUCAGAUCUCUUAUUGAGGCAGACGUUGCUGCUAUUGCGGUGAACCCUGUCUUUGGUACUUUGUGGCGCACAAUUUGCACCGAUCGAGAAAACCCAGCCAGAGAUGAGCUUAUCCAGGCCUUUGGUUAUGCAGUCGAUCGUAUUCCUGAGUCGGGAAAGAAAGCACGACUGAAAACCUGGCUAGAGGAUUCCUAUGACUACGCUGCUGAAAUUCUCGACAUUGUCAACAAAGUUCCCGAGCAAGAAAAAUACCCCUGCGUGUUCUUGGACCCAACUGAAACCUUUGGAGGUGAUACGGAUGAGACCCACGACACUGACGACCAAGUGGAAGACAAACCCAACACUUCAGGCUUCACUCGUGAUGAGCUCCUCGAGAUUGGUCGAUCCUGUGACUACCGAAUUUUGCGUCGGCUUGGCCGAGUUUUGACUUGCCUGACUUACGUUCAAUCCCCUGAUGCACUACCCGCUCAUAUCAAAGACGAUGACAAAGUUGCCCGGAUUCCAAUGGCACUUGCAACAGAGAAAUAUCAGCGCAGGUUUUGGAAGAUCCUUCUCCAUCUUGUACUUCCUGGAACGAUGUUGGCUGCUCGCCCAGCAGCCCUCCUCGCCGCGCUCUCGCUUCGUAUGGGCAUGCAGCCCCUGAGAGAGGCUGCUGAUCAAGAGCUCCUAUCUUUCAGUCAAAAGUGGAACACUUUGGAUAUACCUGAAACUUGGAAUGCAAACUGUCUGACACUGCUCCUUGAUGCCGACAAGGACUUUGAAAGACGAGUUACCGAAGGAAUCACACUGCGUCCAGCACCUGACGCCUGCGUCUUGCAGAAUGAAGACCGUCCACUUUUCAAGACACUCGUCGACUACAAGCUGCUGGAACUUAAUCUCAACACUACACUCCACGCCAAAAUCGGCUGGCGUCCAGAAAAGUCGAAAGUUGCUCUCGGGCCUGUCGUGAUCUGCAAAAGCUGCAAAUUCCCCCGUUCAGUCACAAGCAUGGGGCGCGAUGGCAUUUGCGGCCUCUGUCCCCAGAGCCGCCAGUGCAAAUGCUCAAUGUGCGAAAUACCAGCAGACUUUGGCGUUCGAGUUUCGACGAACGUAUCCGCUAAUGACAACAAAAGGACAGAGGCUACAUGGGUUGAAUGCUUCACUCCAACGUGUCGGGCUCAAUAUGUUGUGUACAACGUAGAAGCCUUGAAAGUCCGCCCCAAGUGUUUCUAUUGCCGACACAAAGGUGUGGACAAGGCAGAUGAUUACGGUGAUGCUCCUUGGGUCGAGUGUUCGCAGUGCUUGAAUCGCGUUAUUUGGCCCGAGGCUUAUCGCCCAUCGGGCUUCAGGUCGUCCAGCUUCAAGUGUCCUGGCUGUGCGACCAAUAAGGUCACACUCAUAGACUAUGAAAUCUCAGCUAAGGAGCUGAGCAAGGAGAACGGGAUAUCGUGGCUACUUCGCAAUGAGAAAUCUGCGAUUGAGCAACCCUUCAAUGGGCGAUCCCUUUUCCACACCAUAUCCGCCGUCUCUAACCCUCAAUCUCUCGCCACUGAUAUUGAGGUCAUUCCAAUGCAGCAUUCUACCAAGCUUACUAUACGUGGAAAACCCGUCCACAAUCAGGACCAGAUUUCAGAGUCGCUCCGCCAAUGGGUAUCAUCCCGACGAACGGAAGCCGGUGUCUGCAGUUUGUGCUUCUCCAACGUCCGAAAAACAGACCUCCGAAGGGCAUGUGGCCGAUCAGGUUGUCAUCAGACAGUUUGUGGCGGAUGCAUGAAAGACUGGUAUGGUCUCAACGCGCGAGGCAAGAUCAUCAACAUUGCGGCACUUUCGUGUCCAUUCUGUCGUCGGCAGCCAACAGCUAGGGCAGUGUCUGCCUUUGGUUUGUGCCGGCUCGGCAAUCUAGCAACUGCAGUUGAGGAGUCUGGUUCCUGGAUCUACGCAUGGUGCCAGGACUGCGGUUUCGCGCACCGCUUCAUCGAGCGGGUCUGCGCGGCGGGUGCACCUCCUGAGGUAUCGAACUGGCGUUGCGACGAGUGCCAGAAUGAUGAUCUCGAUGAAAGGCAGCGAACGAGGCUCCGCAUAAAGAAUUGCCCUGGCUGUGAUACCCCAACGGAGAAGAUGGGGGGUUGUGACCACAUCACUUGCACUGUCAAUGGCUGUGGUGCCCAUUGGUGUUUCGUGUGUGGCGAGGACGUGGGUUACGCUGAGAUUUACAACCACAUAAGCCAAGCCCACGCUGGUUUGUGGAGGGAGGAUGAUGGAGAAUAUGAUGGGGAGAACGACUACUUUGAAUAA